GGUUUUAUCUUUCCCGAAGCUUUUGCCGUCGCUGCCUACAACCUUGCCUCAGAGCAGAACAGCAGCAGCCAUGGCCGAACAGACUGAGAAAGCUUUCCUAAAGCAACCUAAGGUCUUCCUCAGCUCGAAGAUAUCUGGAAAGGGAAAGAGACCUGGAAAGGGUGGAAACAGAUUCGUGAAGAACAUUGGGUUGGGCUUCAAGACUCCUCGUGAAGCCAGUCAAGGAACAUACAUUGACAGUAAAUGUCCCUUCACUGGAACUGUUUCGAUUAGAGGACGUAUCUUAGCCGGUACUUGCCACAGUGCCAAAAUGCAGAGGACCAUUAUCGUCCGAAGGAACUACCUUCACUUUGUUAAGAAGUAUCAGAGGUAUGAGAAGAGGCAUUCGAACAUCCCUGCUCAUGUCUCACCAUGCUUCCGUGUCAAGGAAGGAGACCAUGUCAUCAUUGGACAAUGCAGGCCUUUGUCCAAGACUGUGAGGUUCAAUGUGUUGAAGGUGAUACCAGCUGGUGCUUCUGCUUUCGCAAAGAAGGCUUUCACUGGUGCUUAAGAGUGCUUUUUUAUGUUUCUUGAUAGAGCUGAACUCUGUUAUUACCCUUUUAUUUUAAGGAUAUUUUUACAUUGAAGUUUCACAUUUUAAUUUUUGAUGCACUUAUUUUGUUUACUUUCC